ACAUAUGAUCAGAUCCGCUCACUUAUCGACUGCCUGAUAAUCUAACGGGAGGAUAUUAUGGUGUACGUAAACUUUUCCACUGCACCAGUCGUAACAGAACAAUUAAUAUAUCCUUUAUAAUGAAUUUCUUACAGUUGGUCAAGAGUUUCUUCAGCCUACAGAAGGCGUAAAUACAUGGUGGCAGAAUGCUGCAGGCUUCAGGAAGUUGUCUAUUUGAAUCGAUUCAACGGAGGGAGAUCGAUCGAGUUUCCCAUUUAUUACAGCAGGAUCGAGGAGUUUUGAAACAAAAAGGUUGGGGAGGUUUCACAGCCCUUCACUUUGCCGCUCUCCAUGGAAACCGGCCAAUGGCUGAGCUUCUGCUGAACAGCGGUGCUGAUCCAAACAUUCCCUGUGAUGCAGGACAAACCCCUUUUCACUUCGCUUGCAGAAAUGGCAAUAUUUAUAUCAUGCACAAAAUGAUGCAGCACGGUGCAGACUUACACACAGUUGAUGAGCAAGGGAAAACGUCUCUUCAUCAUGCAGUCGGUGGUGGAAGCGUUAUUGCCACGCAGUACCUGUGGGAGACAGGAAUGUUCCGUUUCACAGAUGCCGAUAACUUUAAGGUCACUCCGCUGCAUUUAGCAGCUUCCACAGGCAAUUCUGACGUAGUCCGCUAUCUCCUUAGAGCUAAUAGAUGCACGCCAGAGGCAGUUGACCACCAGGGGGCGACAGCACUUCACGUGGCUGCAGAGAAAGGCAUGAUUGAGGUGUGCUGGCUACUGUUGAAGAGUGCCGGACUCCACAUUUUACACAUGAAAAACCACACUGGCCUCACACCUCUAGACCUCUGUAAUCAAGGGAAUACAUUUAGACAUCAGCAGCUCUCCAGGAUUUUGAUGCAUUUCAGUCAACGACCAAAAGAUCUGAUUCCUAAGGACUCGUAUGUGAUGUACUUCUGGAUGCUGCUGUUACCGUCUCUCAGCGGAGCUGCUGUUCUCAUUAUAGCUGCGGCUCUUGGUGAAUAUGGGGCUAUCUUUUCUGCAGUGCUUUUCCCCUGCAUGGCAAAAGUUAUUUCUCAAUAUCAUAGACUGAGCAGCUUUCAAAGGUUACCAAACCCUGUUUACCUGGGAACACUGACUGCGGGCCUAAUUCAUUCCAUAGCUUGCUUUCUCUAUAAAAUUUUACCUAAUAUCCUUUACAGAUAGCUUAUGUCAUCAAUCUCUUUCAAAAGUU